AUGGAGUUAGUAGACGACGGUAAAAACCCUUUAUACAUAGUUGAAUGUGUGAAUGUGAAACAAGAACUUGAUGAACAAGAAUAUAGUUUAGAAACUUUAGAAGAAAUCACAAUAAAGAUGGAAGAGACGGAAGACGAUCCUAUAGGAUACAUGGAAGAAAACACAGUUUACUCAAUAACCCCAGAAGUUACUUUAACAGUUAAAAAAACCAAAAAGAGAAGAUUUUAUAAGUGCGAUGUGGAAGGUUGUAAUAAAGCUUAUACAAAGAGUUCGCAUGUUAAAGCACAUAAACGAACUCAUACAGGUGAAAAACCUUAUGCUUGCACUUGGGAAGGCUGUGAAUGGAAAUUUAACCGUUCGGAUGAGCUCAAAAGGCAUUACAGAAAACACACCGGUGCUCGACCUUACGAGUGUGCGAUAUGUGAGAAAACCUUCGUUAGGGCCGAUCACUUGAAUAUUCACAUGAAACGACACUCUUGA